GCCCUCCGGUGCAAUUGCCGCACAGCAGUCCGCUUGCCAACAUGACAGGACCGAAUCUACAUCUGAAUAGCUCCAUGGGCUGCCUUUUCAUUGGCAAUCUGUUUGCCAUCAUACUAUACGGCUUGACCUGCGCUCAAGUUUUGUACUAUAUUUGGGAGUACCCGACCGAUAGUUGGAGGAUCCGAGUGCUAGUUGCUCUGCUAUGGAUUUUCGACACGGCGAUUACCAUCGCGAAUAGCCAAAUUAUGUGGCACUACUUUAUUCAAGGACAUAGUAACUCCCUCAACCUUACUUCGCUUGCACUCCCCUUCGAGAUUGAGUAUGUAUUUUCGGCCAUCACUACCCUGGUAGUUCAAUGCUACUACAUGCUUCAAAUUUGGAGACUGCUGCGAAAGAAAUGGUACAACCUCCCUAUGACAAUCAUAAUUGUCCUCACGGCUGUCGUAUCUUGCGCAUGCGGACUAUGGCUUGCGUGCAUCACAAUCCAGGUUCCUCAACUCCCGGCCGUUUUCAUUCAUGUAAAGAUCCCCGCUACAGUGGAACCUGUGUUGGGAUUAACCGCAGACAUCUACAUCACUGUCACGUUGAUCUGGGCCUUGAAUGGAGAAAGGACGGGCUUCAAGCAUACCAACACGCUGAUUAAUAGACUCAUCAUGUAUGCGGUGAACCGCGGCAUCAUGACCGCGCUCGUCCAAUUUCUGCACUUAGUCACAUUUGUAGCCUGCAGUGGUGACGUCUUUUACUGGGCACUGUUCCACUACCCAGGUACUAAACUCUACAUCAACUCUGCAAUCGCUAUCAGACUCAACGCGCGUCACUACCUACGUUCCAAUGGCAAAUUUUACCUCUCGACUGGUCUGUAUAUGGAGGACAUCCCGAUGAAUGUGCUGGACGGCUCAGAAGACGGGUCGCCAAAAAGACUAUUUUCACGCCGCGCCGAGCCUCCGGAAGGUUCCUCGAUGACUGUCAUCGUCAUCUCAUCUGAAACAGUUCAACAGAACGGCGUAUCUGGUGGUAUCGGCGGCCCUGCUGAAUCGACCAAUAGGACAAGUUUCCCCGGUCGAGUGGAUGAAGAGAUGCUCGGCCGUUGAGCAACAUUCACGGCAUUCGUGCUUUUGAACAGGCAUCAAAAGCAUUUAGAGUACAUAUGAUGAGAAUCUUAUGCAAAAAAAUGCAGGCGACUGGUUCACAGAACGAGAGUCGUGUAUGUCGCAUUCAGGGAUGUCGUACACGCCUCGGCUCAAUGUUAUUACUUUACUUGCGACAUCAACGUCCACCGCAGGACGGACCAAAUCACCUAUUUCCUUCGCGCACCCGCCGAAAUUUCCG